AUGACUACUGGUGGCAUCGACGAGUCGCUACCUCGAAUUUCGCCCAGUCGACUGGGUUCAUCAGAUCGUGCGCUGGGGAUUAUCCUUCUUCCGGUUUGGAUCCCUGGCGUCCAGUGGGUGACCAUCGUUGUCCUCAGAUGGCGUCUGGCGUCUUUCGAGCCUAAAAAUCCGAAGAAACAGGGAGGAGCCGAUGCUUUGUCUUACUAG